UAUCGCUCCGUUCAGUACUGCGGUCCACGUUUGGUUCUGCUCGUUGCUGCGGCUGCUACUUACUGCUCCAGCGAUACAUAUACACAUUAUUUUUUUUUUUUUUAUUUCUCCUGCGCGCGUGUACAAGAAAGUUUCUUCUCGCUCUGUCGUCGUCGUGCUGCCGCUGCCGAGCAACAGUGAGUGAACUCCGACAACGUUUAUAUACAAUUCAUCAUGCCGAAAAUUUGCUGCCUCUUCGACGUCGACGGUACGCUCACAAAACCGUUACAGUGCAUCGAUCCCGAGCUCGACGAUUACAUCCAAAACACGCUGAGAAAGGAUGUCGACGUCGCGGUGGUCGGCGGCUCGGACCUCGCGAAAAUUAAGCGCCAAUUGGGCGGCGACGAGAUCUUCGAAAAGUACGACUACGUGUUCGCCGAGAACGGAUUGAUCGGCUACAGAGGUGCCAAACAGUUACCGUCUCAGACGCUGCAAAAGACCCUCGGCGAGGAUACCGUGCAGGAAUUCGUGAAUUUCACGCUGCGAUAUCUCUCGGAGAUAAGGCUGCCCUUCAAGCGGGGAACUUUCAUCGAGUUUCGCACGGGCAUGUUCAACAUCUCGCCGGUCGGCCGCAACUGCAGCAAGGAGGAGCGCGACCAGUUCGAGCAGUACGACAAGGAGCAUCACGUGCGCGCCAAAGUCAUCCAAGCGCUCAAGAAGGAAUUCCCCGAUCUGGCCUUGACCUACAGCAUAGGUGGACAGAUAUCGUUCGACGUAUUCCCCGCUGGUUGGGACAAGACCUACUGCUUGAAGCACGUGCAGGGCUACGACGAGAUUCACUUUUUCGGCGACAAGACUUGGGAGGGCGGCAACGAUUACGAGAUCUACGAGAGCGAUCUGACGGUCGGCCAUCGGGUCACGGGGCCCAAAGAUACCCUGCAGCAGCUCAAGGUGCUCAUGAGCGUGCUGGACGAGAGGAGAAACAAAGAAACGCUCUAGAGUUCUAAGUUUGAUAUGUCGUAGCAUAUGAUGCACACUUUUUUAUCGUGUAAAUAGUUACAGCGAAUAAUUCUCUUCGUGUUGAUUUUAGAAAUAUUUUGUACAUGUUUUACUAUAUUAUUGUUGUUACUUAUGUAAAGCAUACACACAUGCACAUUAUCUCUUACACACACGUGCGCAUACUAUAUUGUUCAUGAGACAUUCCUUUGUACAAUAACAUGAUACGUCGACGUGAUGAUAAUAUGCGUAUUCAAUUUAUAUUUAACAAAUAUAAGGCAUUUUUAAUAUUACUGUUAUCUGAUUUAAUCAGUGUAAAAGCUAUGUAAAGCGUCGGUAAAAACAAACACUUACGCUGUAAAGAGUAAAUUGUGAUGAUUCCAAGCGAGAAAAAAAGGUCACUGCUUUUCAUAUACAAAUUAUUUUAAUUAUAUCUCAAAUAAAUCUUGAAC